CUUCUUUUUGAUUUUGUGUUGUUCCCUCCAUUUUUCUUCCUCCCCUUUGAAAGCUGGAGAUGAAACCCCAUGGAAGGCUUCUUUCUGAGCUGCUGGAACAGCAACAGGAGCCUUUUGUAUUGGAUCUUUACCUUGUGGAGAGAGGCUACUUUGAGGGGUGUCUUGCAUCCAGGUCUUGCUCACUUUGCUGGCCUGGGAAGGGAUGCAAAAGGCUGAAAUUGCUGACCAGCCAUGGCUUCAGGUCUUGGAGGAAGGCCUUGAGUUGGUUUCACAGGGCUCCUCAUCUCAACAAUGUCCCCAAACACAAUGCCUGCUCCAGCUCAUCCUGGAAUUACAAUAUAGCUCACUAUGAUGCAAAGGAGGAGAAGUCAGGCAUGAGUCUCAGCUUGCCACGAAAAGUCCUGCGUAUCUUUAAUGAUUUUCUUGAGGUAGCGUACGCUCCUGCAUUCUAUCAGCUCAUUGGAUCAAAGAGGCAGAUUUAUGAGUGGUCUGCUUCGGAGAGAAAAAUGCUAAGCGCAAAGAUUCCUCCACUGAACAGCACAAGGCAUUUGGUGAUCUCAGAGCUUUCAUGCUCCAGCGAUGUGGAGUGGAGUGAAUUCCCGUCUCAAGUUGGAGAAAUUGGAGUGGAGCUAGAAGCUACACUUUUUGAAGACAUCAAAGAGGAAACAAUUUCAGACAUGAUUUGUGAUAUAGUCUGGUUUAUUUAGUUCAGUGACUUCAAACUUUCUAAACCUUUCUGUGUGUUUGUACAACUUUCUCAUGGAAAAGCUCUGAUUGGCACCGGAUUCAGAGAAGAGG